UCUUAAACUUAUUUCGAGUGUACAUUCAGUAGUAAUUCCGAAUUAAGGAGAUCGCUAUGAAGCUAAGCAACUUGUUUAUCUUCGCAGUAGUAGCUAUUGCACUAUUUUCGUCAUCAUCUUCAGGAAAAGCUUGCGCUUUUACUGAAGACUGUUGGAGAUGGAUGCGAUCAUGGCUUCCAAUAUCCUGCGCUUCUGACAUAGAUUGUACUGAUGUGUUGUCAUGUUCAAAAGGUGCACUAAUCUGCGUAAAUCCAUGUGGUUCACUAAAAUGCGGAGCUAAUGAGACAUGUGUUGCAAAAAAUCAUAUCGGUACUUGUUCAGUGAAAAAUACAUCUACUUGCGGAUGGGAUCUUUGUUGCUAUUUAGGAUGGUAACCUUUUGAAUGCGAAAUUAUUUAAAAACAUUAUAUUAGAUUGAUUCAAUUUAUGAUACUUUUAUUGUACCACAUGCUGUAAAAAUACCAUGUGGAAACAACUUUAAUUGGCAUAGGAUAGUGAAGUCACAGGCAUAUAAAAUAUAAGUUUCUAUUUAAUUAUACUUUUCAUCAAAUUGUCUCAUCAGUUACUAACCUCCUUUAAUUUUAAUAACAUAACAAUAGAAUAACUCUAGUAGACAUUUUAUAAUGUUCAUUUUUAAGCAUUUUCUUAAAAAAUUAUUGUUUGCAUGUAACUCAUUGUAGAAAAAUUGAAGUUUUUAUGAAUUUUAAUAAGCAAAUAAAAAUAUAAAGUAUAUAAUAGCAUGAACGAGUUGUACACUUUUUAUAAUUACAUGUUUUAAAAUAAAAAAUUCCGAUCA